AUGGGGUUUUGUGAUAGGUGGAUUGGAUGGAUUAUGGAAUGUAUUAAAUCUGCUAGUUUGAAUUUAAUGGUCUCUGGAAAGAAAAUUGCAAAGCUAAACAUGGGGAGGGGUAUUAGGCAAGGAAAUCUUUUGUCUCCAUAUUUGUUUAUAAUUGGUGCAAAUGUUCUGUCUUUAAUGGUUCAGAAACAUGUGGAUGAAGGUGUAUUAAGGGGGUCAAACUGGCUCAGAAUUGUCCUAUUUUGUCCCACUGUUUUUUUUGCUAAUGAUGCAUUAUUUUUUGUGAAUGCUAGUAAGAAGAAUUGUAAAGUUUUGAAGAAUAUUCUAGAUGUUUAUUGUUGUGCAUCUGGGCAUAUUGUGAAUUUGGAUAAGUCAUGCAUUUUUUUCUCACAUAAUGUUGUAACUGAGGUUAAAAAUGAAGUUUUUGAAGUGUUGGGUAUUAAGGCAUCUGAUGAUCCUGGAAAGUAUCUUGGGAUGCCAAUGAUAUGGGGGCGGUUGGAAGCAAUGAAUAUUGACUUUUGCGGGGAGGUAUUGAUUAAGGUAAUUGCAAAUGCUAUUCCUGUGUUUCUUAUGUCAUGCUUCAAAUUCCUAAAGAAAGUGUAUGAGGAUCUGGAUGGUAUGAUCUCAAAGUUCUGGUGGGAUAGAGAGAGAUGGAGGGCAGGAUUCAUUGGAAGGCAUAGAGAUUUAUGUGUUUGCCCAAGGGUGAAGGUGGGUAUAUACUUUCCAAAAUCUGAUUUUACACAUGAAAAAAAAGGGUGUAAGGCAUCGUGGGGUGGUAUAGCAUUUUGGAAGGAAGAGAUAAGAGGAUUGGUACAUGGGAGAGGGUUGGUUUAUUUAGGGACCAGUGGGUUUCUUUUGCUCCCGGUGGAGGAUUGGUUGAGUGAUGUUGAGAAGGAUUUGAUUGGCAAAAUUAGACUAUCAGUAAGAAGAGUUGAUGAUAGAAUGGUUUGGGUUAAGAGUAAAGAUGGAGAGUAUUAUGUGAAACUGGGUUAUAGAAGCAUGAAAAGCAGUGAUAAUGGCAGAAUGAGGAAGGAUCCUGGUAGGUCCUAUAAAGUAUCAAAGAAGUUGUGGAAUGGUAUUUGGAAAAUCAGGAUGCCAUCCAAAGUUGUGCAAUUUAUGUGGAGGGUUGUUAGUGGUGCUUUAGCCACUAAAGAGGCUUUGUUUUGA